CUGAAGUCUGAACCCUGAAUAGAAUUUGUGUUGUCGCAAAAUUGUUGACUUGUGUUAAGAUGUUAUAUUAAAUUUGCCAAAGCAAUUAGGAAUAAAUAGUAAAAUGUGGCCAAGGAAAGCAGUGGUGCUUAGCGCGUUACUUUGCGCAAUUUUUCUGUCGGUGGAAUUGGCCAACGCCAAACAAGGAGGUCCCACCGACAAGAAAGGGCCGCUGGAAGAGAUCACAGAUGCUAAAGAGUUCAAAAAGCUGUUGAGAACGAAAAACAACGUGCUGGUGCUCUUUGUCAGCACGACCAAGAGGACCUACUUUACCGUUAAAAUGUUCAAAGAGGCCGCCGAGGCUGUGAAAGGACAGGGAACCCUUGCCUUCGUAGACUGCUAUGGUGAAAACGGCAAGAAAAUGUGCAAGAAACUGAAGGUUAAACCUGAUCCGCAAAUCCUGCGCCACUACAAGGACGGCGAGUUCAACCGUGACUACGACCGCCAGCUGAGUGUCACGUCCAUUGUCAAUUUCAUGCGGGAUCCCACUGGUGACGUGCCCUGGGAGGAGGAUGCUGACUCUGCUGAUGUCAUGCACAUUCCUGAUAUCUCGGCACUGAAUAAGGCCAUCAAGAAGGAGGCGAAGCCUCUCAUGGUCAUGUUCUACGCUCCCUGGUGCGGAUUCUGCAAAACCUUGAAGCCUGAGUAUGCUGAGGCGGCUAAAGAACUGAGAGGACAGGCUGUGAUGGCGGCCAUCGAUGUGAACAGGCCUGAAAACUCUGCCAUCAGGCAGCUGUUCAACAUCACUGGCUUCCCUACGCUUCUCUAUUUUGAGAAUGGUGCCAUGAAGUACACUUAUGAAGGAGACAACAAGCGAGAUGCAUUGAUUAGCUUUAUGAAAGACCCGCAAAAGCAGCCUGAGAAGGUCGUUGAGAAGCACUGGUCCGACUCCCCCAGCGAAGUUCUCCACUUGACUAAGGACACUUUUGAGGAUGCAAUUAAAGAGCAUUCAUCUCUGCUUGUCAUGUUCUACGCCCCUUGGUGUGGGCACUGCAAAAAGAUGAAACCGGAAUACGAACAAGCUGCGGAAAAAUUGAAGAGUGAUAAGGUUGCUGGUCGGCUGGCUGCCGUGGACGCCACUAGGGAAGGUCCCCUGGCGUCGCAGUUCAACGUUCGUGGCUACCCAAGCAUCAAGUACUUCAAGGAUGGCCAGCUUGCUUUCGACGCCAACGUCCGUGAGGCCGACAAGAUCAUCGAGUUCAUGAAGGACCCCAAAGAGCCGCCACCACCUCCUGCUCCUGAAAAGGCCUGGAGCGAGGAAACAUCCGAAGUCGCCCACCUGACUGAUGAGACCUUCAAGCCGUUUCUGAAGAAGAAGAAACAUGUGCUUGUCAUGUUCUAUGCUCCUUGGUGUGGUCACUGCAAGAAGGCCAAGCCGGAGUUCAACACUGCCGCAGAGAAGUUCAAAGAGGACCCAAAGGUUGAGUUUGCUGCUGUUGACUGCACGGCUCAGCAAAGCGUGUGUUCCGCGUAUGACGUCAAAGGCUAUCCCACAAUCAAGUACUUCAGCUACCUCAAUAAGGAAAAGUUUGACUACGCUGGAGGCAGGACGGCCGAUGACUUCAUCAGCUUCAUGAACAACCCCCAAAGCGCCCCACCUCCGCCGCCACCUCCAUCUCCUCACAGCGAAUGGGGGCACCUGCCUGGUGCCGAGCAUCUGUUACAUUUGACUGAGAGCAACUUUACCUCCAUUGACAGCAAGGACAACGUCCUGGUCAUGUUCUACGCUCCUUGGUGCGGGCACUGUAAGGCAAUGAAGGGCGACUACGCCGUGGCGGCGGAGAAGGUGCAACAGGAGAGCAAGAACUCGUGGCUGGCGACGGUCGACGCGACGGCGCAGCAGGGCCUACAGCGUAAAUUCAACAUCCGUGGCUUCCCGACGCUGAAGCUGUUUAAGAGGGGCCGCGAGGUGAAGGACUACGACCAGGGCAGGGGCACCGCCGACCUGGUCGCCUUCAUGAAGACCGCGGCCAGUGCCAAGGACGAACUGUAAGGCUGCGACAAUUUGCACAACUCACUUUAUAAAUUAAUAAAUUAAAUAUAGUAAUAAUUAUUGUUGACGAAGACCGGGCGUGUUGUCUGCGAGUGCUCUUACAACGAAUGCAUGAACGGAAAAGCUAAUCAAAACUAUUCCAUUUUUAACAAGAGAUUUUUUACAGCAUUUUUCUCUGGAAUGAUAAAAGUAAUAAUCGUAAGAGCUUAAAUACAUCUAUCUGGACCGUGAAUUUUGCAAUCUCUCAUCUUUUUACACGAUGUUGCAUAUUGUAUUGCAAGUAUUUUUUCGCCAUUCCGUCACAAUCUCUCAGUGAUGAAGAAUUUAAGAUUAAUGUUAAUUUUCGUGGUGACUGUGGAGGGGUAUUCCCAAUUUUGUUAUGUAAAAUCUUCUCCUGUCAAUCGCCACUCUUUCCUAAUCUCAAAUUUUAUCAAGACUUCCACUUGCUAAUUUUUUUUAAUUCUAUUUCAAAGUGGUGGUCUUAGUGUACUUCUACAAUGGAAGAUUUAUUGUACACUCUGAAUAUUCCAACAAGUAAGUUGAUUUUCAGAGUUUCUUUAAUGAUUAAAUUCGUUGAUUACGCAUUUACUUGUUCAGAUGUAUUUUAUAAUAAAAAAUUCAAGUUAUGGUUUUUUAAA